CGGGUUACCAAGGGCGCCUCGCUAUGCCACCCAGGACAAUUUCUUGACCUUCUUCUGGGGUCUCCUUCUGGGGGGCCGCUCUGGGGCUUCCCUGGCCGAGAGCAAGGAGCUCGCCCGCCUCGCGGCCGGCUGCGGUCACGGCGCCCGCGCCGGUGCCCUCUCUGUCUCUGCCUCCGCCUCCGCCUCCGCCGCGGCCGGUCACGCGCCGGGAGGCCGCGGGGAGGGAGAAGGAGCGAGCAGGGGCGGGCCAGGGCGAGCGGAGGCGGGGAUUCGCGCGGUCCUGGGGCGGCUUUUAGGGCCGCGCCCGCGCUGGGGCUGCGGACUCUCGGCGUCGCUGUUGCCGCUGUCUUCUCUGCCGCUCCUGCCUCCGCUGGCUGUCACCAUGAACCCGGACCUGCUCAGGGAGCGGGCCGCCGCCAGCUUCAACCCGGAGCUGCUCACGCAAAUCCUGGACGGCAGCCCCGAGAACACCCGGCGCCGCCGGGAGAUCGAGAACCUGAUUCUGAAAGACCCCGACUUCCAGCAUGAGGACUUGAACUUUCUCACUCGCAGCCAGCGUUACGAGGUGGCUGUGAGGAAGAGUGCCAACAUGGUGAAGAAGAUGAGGGAGUUUGGCAUCUCAGAUCCUGAUGAAAUCAUGUGGUUUAAAAAACUGCAUUUGGUCAAUUUUGUGGAACCCGUGGGCCUCAAUUACUCCAUGUUUAUUCCUACCUUGCUGAAUCAGGGCACCACUGCUCAGCAAGAGAAAUGGCUGCAUUCAUCCAAAGGACUCCAGAUAAUUGGCACCUACGCCCAGACGGAAAUGGGUCACGGAACUCAUCUUCGAGGCUUGGAAACCACAGCCACUUAUGAUCCUGAAACCCAGGAGUUCAUUCUCAACAGUCCUACUGUGACCUCCAUCAAAUGGUGGCCUGGUGGGCUUGGAAAGACUUCAAAUCAUGCAAUAGUUCUUGCCCAACUCAUCACUAAGGGGAAAUGCUAUGGAUUACAUGCCUUCAUGGUACCUAUUCGUGAAAUUGGGACCCAUAAGCCUUUGCCAGGCAUUACCGUUGGAGACAUUGGCCCCAAAUUUGGCUAUGAUGAGAUGGAUAAUGGCUACCUGAAGAUGGACAAUUAUCGUAUUCCCAGAGAAAACAUGCUAAUGAAGUAUGCCCAGGUGAAGCCUGAUGGCACAUACGUGAAACCUGUGAGUAACAAGCUGACCUAUGGGACCAUGGUAUUUGUCAGGUCCUUUCUCGUGGGAGAAGCUGCUCGGUCUCUGUCUAAGGCUUGCACCAUUGCCAUCCGAUACAGCGCCGUGAGGCACCAGUCUGAAAUCAAGCCAGGUGAACCAGAACCGCAGAUUUUGGAUUUUCAAACCCAGCAGUAUAAACUCUUUCCACUCCUGGCUACUGCCUAUGCCUUCCAGUUUGUAGGCGCAUACAUGAAGGAGACCUAUCUUCGGAUUAAUGAAGGCAUUGGCCAAGGGGACCUGAGUGAAUUGCCAGAGCUUCACGCACUCACCGCCGGGCUGAAGGCUUUCACCUCCUGGACAAGUAACGCUGCUAUCGAAGCAUGUCGCAUGGCUUGUGGCGGUCAUGGCUAUUCUCAUUGCAGUGGUCUUCCAAAUAUUUACGUCACUUUUACUGCAACGUGCACCUUUGAGGGAGAAAAUACUGUCAUGAUGCUGCAGACAGCUAGGUUCCUGAUGAAAAGUUACGACCAGGUGCACUCAGGAAAGUUGGUGUGUGGCAUGGUGUCCUACUUGAAUGACCUACCCAGUCAGCGCAUCCAGCCCCAGCAGGUAGCUGUCUGGCCGAGUGUGGUGGAUAUCAACAGCCCUGACAGCCUAACAGAAGCGUAUAAACUCCGUGCGGCCAGAUUAGUAGAAAUUGCUGCGAAAAACCUUCAAACUGAAGUGUUUCACCGAAAAAGCAAGGAGGUAGCAUGGAACCUAACUUCCGUUGACCUUGUUCGAGCAAGUGAGGCACAUUGUCACUAUGUGGUAGUGAAGCUCUUUGCAGAAAAACUUCUCAAGAUUCAAGAUAAAUCCGUCCAGGCUGUCUUAAGGAAUUUAUGUCUCUUGUAUUCUCUAUAUGGAAUCAGUCAGAAUGCAGGGGAUUUUCUUCAGGGGAGCAUCAUGACUGAGUCUCAAAUUACCCAAGUACACCAGCGCGUAAAGGAGUUGCUGACUGCCAUUCGCCCUGAUGCUGUUGCUUUGGUCGAUGCUUUUGAUUUUCAGGAUGUGACACUUGGCUCUGUGCUUGGCCGCUACGACGGGAAUGUGUAUGAAAACUUGUUUGAGUGGGCCAAGAAAUCUCCCCUGAACAAAACAGAGGUCCAUGACUCUUACUACAAACACCUGAAGCCACUGCAGUCCAAGCUCUGAAGUGUCACGAUGAUGAGUUUGGUCUGCUCCAGGAAGUGGCUCUGCUCUUCUACUCCCCUUACUCCUGUUGCACAAAUCUAUGUGGUGUCUUUAUUGAAUUCAGAGAGCUAUAGAGCAAAUGAUAAAUGGACCCCUUUCCUCUUUUUGUAAAUGAAAGAGAAAAAACAGAUUUCAGAGAUUAAAUGAAAAAAAUAUGUCUUUUAAGUGCAAUUAACACUGAAAGAGAUCUGUUAAGCAUUCAGAAAAAGCUUUAAGAAAUGCAGUAUGACUUCCAUUUAUAAUGCUGCUGAUCCCAGUAGGCCAUGACUUUUGAUAAUUAGUAGAAUUUAACUACUAAGUAGUUAAUUAUUUUCAUGUCUUAAUUGUUAAUCACUGGAUAUAUGUGUUUUUAAGCAAAGGUAUUUUUUAAGUGAGGUAGAGCCUUUCCAAGCUUUCCUGCUAAAUGUCCUAGCACUUCUGCUGUGGGGCCUGGCUACAAAGCAGGACUGAAGCAAAGGGACUGGGGGUGAGAAGCUAAUCAGGAAGCUGAGUGUGAGUUUGUGGUUGACAGCGUUGGCGCACUCUCUGCCCGCUUGCCCUCUUGCUGAACUAUUGCUGUGUAUCCUUCCCAUCUGACUAUUCCUCCUAGCAUUUUGCCCACACAAGGACUUCUUCACCACAGGCCACUGCAGGAUCAUUAGCUCAUGUGCUUAGGAAUUCGUUUCUUAUUCGAGGAAUCCCUGAAUUGUCUGUAGAGCACUACAGCUGCCUUUGUCUCUAACUGCUUGGGAAGGUGUAGGCAACAAGGUUAUCUCUACAUGUAACUUUUGGAAGCCGAUGGCACGUGAGUCAGUGGUGUUUGCUCUCCCUCCUUCUCGCUCUCCUCUCCCAAAAGAGAUGCUGAAGAAAGGAGAAAAAAAGAGUCACAGUUCUUUCUUAGUAGAAUAAAUGUAGGGAGAACUCUCACUUAUGGUGAUUGUAACUUUGGUGACCAUAUUAACUGGAUUUUCUAGAACAACUUAGAUUUCAUAUAUUCCGUCAUUUUGGUGUAAACCAUUAAAAUGCCUGGAGAUUACAGUAUCUGGCAUUACCAAAAAAAAAGAGGCGUCACUCAGGUCACCUCUUAUACCCAGGAGUAGCACAGAAAAAUGCUUUGACAAACCAUGUGUUCUGAUUUUUAGAACAGAGAAUAUAAUCGUUGAAACUAUGGCUAAACGGUGAAUGGAGGUUCCAUAGAAUUGUCGAUCUGGCUCUGUUUUCAGUAUGUUUCUAGCAGCUUUAUCUGAAUUGCUAAAUUGUCCUUUCAGCUGAAAUCCAAUUUAAACAAUCAUUCUAUAUUUAAUGGUUAAACAUGUACCUCUUGAGUUUUUUUCCUUGAAAUCAGUGUAAAACAUGUCACUUGAUCUUUUUUAACCUGUUAACUGUUUGUAUCUGUGACAUCUGCCUCAUGAAACCAGUUCUAGAAUCAGUCUUGAGAAUGUAGUAUAAUUCAGCGGAAAUGUAGUUGCUGUCUUGGGACCUGCCAUAAACUGUAUCCCAGUGGAAUCAGUAAUGUGACUUUUAGGUCCAGCAGAAAUACUACCUGUUGACACAAGCCCUAAUCUUUCUACCAAGAGAGUUAAUUAAUAAUUGUAUUAAGAUUGCAGUAAAAAGCACUGUGUGUUAAUCUCAUUUGGGUAUAUCUGGACAGUACAGAUUCUGGGAAAUAACAGAAGGUAAAUUUGAAUUGCUUAAUAUUGACCUGUUAAAUGUCGAAUUGCUUCAGAAUUGGUGGUGAAAUACCUUAUUCACAGACGCAUAUCUGUGGUCAGGAUCUGAGCUGUUUGAAAUGACGCCCCACCUAAUCCAGCUGCGCAGAUCUGGGUCCGUCUUUACAGAUUUGAACAGCAUAUCGAUGCUAUGCAGACACCUUCACUCCAGCACCUUGAGUUUUAUUUAAAAACUAAAUCUGAUAUUUGAUACUAUUUUUAUUAACAUUGGAAUGUUUCGUCUUGAACUUUAUUCACUGUAAUGAAAGCAUAAAGGUACAAUAAAACCUCACUAAUUUGUACUAUCAAGAGGGAAAGAGUAUGCCACACACUUAGGAAGAAUUUUAAGAUAGAGGUUUAUUAGAUUUAGGUAAGACUAAGAACCAAAACAUAAGGUGUGAGACCUGCCUGAGCAGAUAGCUGUCCAUUAGCCAUCAUUGCUGUGUAGCAGUAUCUGAAUGCGCUGGCUGAUCUAGGAGCACCUAUUUAUUUUGUUGGCUGCUUAGUAAAGGAAGCAGCAGAGCCAGUUUGCUGUCCCUAAGAAGCCAGAUUUUGCCACAGAUGAGUUUGGUUCUGUUGGGUUCUUUGUAAGCUGUUUUCACAAAAAGUACAGAGAUAAAAUUCAACUUAGUCUUCUCUAGAAUGAUAAUACUGAGUAGAAUAAAUGAGGUUUUUCUAUUAGAUGAUAAUGAUAUAAGCCUUUUUAGAAAGUACUCUGAGCAGUACCCAAAAUGGAAAAUUUGAGAUUUAGUACAGAUGUUUUUGCAAUUUGUAAUGGAGGACGGUUGAUUCUUCCUCUGGUGUUUGGAGCUCUACUUUAUGCUCUUCUAGAGAUGUCCUGAGUUGUAUUUCAGUAUUUGGACAUUAGUGACCUGAAAACGGUUGGUCUCAACGCCUUUGGGGCUCUUCAUGUUCUUGUCUUCAGAACAUAGCACUGCUAAGUAUCAGCUUAUCUUCAGAACAUUUGCUUAAUGUUGCAACAUUAACUUGCUUCACAUGCUUCUGAGAACUCAUUGCUUGUAAUUUCAGAAUACAUCUACCUGGAGGCAUUUUAUAGCUCCUAAAGUUACCGUGUUAGACUUAACUCUUGAAUUUUCUUCAGUGCAGGGCUUUGGCUGGAGAAAUAUAAGUUCAAAUUCAUGAUCCUAGAGUUCCCUGGGCAACAGAAAUUCUUUAGUUGACUGCUGCUCAAAGUCCCUCCUCCCCCUCUGCUUUCUUUCCAUCUUGUUAGGAAGGGAGAGAACUGGAAGCAGAUAGUCUGUAAUAUCUGCGAAUCAUAAAUGUGGAAGGUAUGCCUGGGGUUAUCGAUUGUAUUCAAGAUUAGCUGCUACUGUAGCUGCAGAGAGGAGCAGUGCCAGGAAAUUGAUUACUCUCCUUGAGACCAAGUGUCUUGUUGAUUCUCCUGACUCAAAUAAAGGUUUUGAUCACUUUCAUGGAAUAAUGUAGAGAUCAUUUCAGCUAAUUGAUUACUACUCCAUGCUUGGGGGAUUAGACCAAGCCACACUGUAAAUUACUAAAAUGACUUUCAUUUUAAAAUAGUGGCGGAGUUUUGUUUUUAGCCAUCCACACUUACACAUUUUUCAGUACCUAUUCCUGUAGUUCAUGAUAGUAAACAUAGAAAACACAGGGAACCUUUGGAGUUACCAGAUGUUACCUGCAAAUUCUAGAUUCCAAGGGUUUUGUUUGAUUUUGAUUUUGCCUUAAGUUUAAGUGGGCCACUGAUUAUCUCGGGAAGAUCAUGAGAAAUUGGGAGUGAUUUUAAGAAUUAUGAAGUAGAGCAAAUUGCCACAUUACUGUUGACUGUCAUAUAUGAUCAGCAUAAUCAGACUGCUGACUGCUACUUUGUAAACACCAUUUUAUUUCCAACCGCUGUGGAUUUAAGGAUAGGACUUAACAUCCUUUGGCGUAUAUAAUUACUUUGCUCGUUUUUAACUUUUACCGUUGUGGUUUGAGUUUGGUUCUUACCUGACCAGAUGCAUUUCGCAUGUAUUGUUACCCAUCCCUGACUGGACGCGUCGUCCGGGGUAGGAGUAGGGAGGAGGUGCACGUGGCCAGAGCGUGGGUCGCGGAUGGACGGCAGUGGCUCACCAGCACUACUUGGCCUGCGAGUAAGCCAAACCACUAACUCCCUUUUCCUUUGUAAAACUGAAAAACCUUUAAUAAAAUCGAUAAUUAACACAA